CACAAAUUCGUAGGAGCGAGCACAAAGGACGCCCACUCCUGCAGUUCGCAGGUGUCCCGUCAGAGGCGUAGGCUGUUGCUAAGCAACCGACGCGCGGUGGUGUAAACUUCCUGUCCGCGCGGUGGCUGACGGGAUAUAUUUUUCAUCAACAAGUGGUUCAAAAUGGCUUCCUCGAUGAGAACCCCGAGGGACCUGAAAGUUAUGAUCGAACAGAGCCACCAGGAAUGGGGCACAUCUUACAAACUCACGUGGGAACAGAUUGGAGAUGGAGAGACUGCUCCUCCGCUGACUUCCUCAAGCUCCCCAUCUGUCACAAACUCAGACAAAAACUCGGACAAAAAGGGUAAAAACAAUGAGAUCGUGCAAAACCUACUCGGCUUUGCAAACGCGGACAUGUCAGAGAAUGCCAUGUUACGUUCUCGCAUUGACGAACAGUCAGAACUCAUCUGUAUCCUGAAAAGACGUUCGGAUGAGCACCUUGCGAGUGUCCAAACGCUGGAGAGAGUAAACGCGGAGUUGAGAAAAUUCCGAGACGAAGCAGCCGAACAACUAGAACAGGAGAUUAGGAAGUUCAACAUUCUGGACGAGCGGUUUCAUGAGCUGGCCUCAAACCACGAAGAAAUGAUCAAGUUCAAGGAUGAAUACAAACGACAGAACGAGAAACUGAGAAAGGAGAACGAAAGACUGCGAGAUGAGAAUGCGAGGUUGUUCAACAAAGCGGUGGAGGAAAGAGACCAGAGGAUAGCAGCACUGGAGGAACAGGUGGCCAGUCUGAACAGACAGAGGAGCAAAAUGGAGGAGAAAUGCAACUCUUUAACACAAGAACUCCAACAGCAGGAAAAGGCACACAACUCCCGACUGUCAGCUCUAGAGGAACAACUCAGACAGGCACAGGCUAAAAUCAGUGAACUUCAGUCAGAGCUUUCGUCUGUCAAGCAUGAAAGACAAACUGUGAGUAAAGAAGUGGAGGAACGUCUCAGGGCGUUGAGUAAGGAGCGAGACGAACUACUGGACCUGUCCAUGCAGAGGGGGAAAAUCAUCCAGGAAAAGCAGAAAGAGGCAGAAAAGUUCCAGCAGAAAAUAGAUGAAGCAGAAAAGGCAAAACAAGCAGCACUUGCCAGAUUUGAGAGAGAGGCUGCUGCAGUUGAUGCCAACCUUCAGGUGCAGAAGUUGAGGCAGGAGCUGGGAGAGGCUCAGGACAGGGUGGAGACUAUGGUUAAAGAGUUUGGUGCCUACAAAAAGCACACCAACAGUCUUCUGACAAAAGAGAAGGAGCUGAAUGCUAGACUGAGACAUCUGGUGGGGACGUAGGGUGUCGGAACAACAUCGUGUGAGAAAAGGAACAUUUGGGGAGUAAUUUCAACAGUGAUGCAGUUCAAAUUGCAAACACAGCUAAGAGUUUUGAGAUGCUGGCAUCUCAAUCCUCAUACAAAACCAUAUCAACUUUUCUGGAAGGACUACAAGAAAGGCCAUGAUACUGAACACAUAAUAAACCUGUCACUGGUCAGUUUUACUAGGUGGUUUGCAAAACAGUUCAUGAUCUUUUCAAACUUCCAUGCAUUUUUUCUGACUUUCUACUCAUAUCCAAAAUGUAUGUUUUUUUUAAUGUAAUAAUGAAUGUAACAUGUUGUAUUUUAAGAAUUAAAGAAUUCAUGAUCAAACAUAUCAUCUAUGUUGACCACUGUAAAAUGUAUUCAAAGACUAUGUUAUAUGCUUGAAUGUACAUAUCUGAUAAAUCAGUAUUUCAACUACCAAACAUAUCAGUUUCACAGUAAAUGUAAAUUUUGUUGUAUUAAAAACUGAAGCACUGACUUGUAAA